GUGGUAGAAGCCCUGGAAGGUGCUAAAAUGGGUUUCUGAAUCAAACAUAUGAAAAACAGCGGUGUAGUUUGUUUUGAUGGAAUUAACAGAAAAAAAAAAAAAGAACCCUAAAGCGGCCAAUUUGGACGUUGCAUCUGCCGGUGGCCUGAUCGUAGUAUGGGUGCGGCCUCAAAUGGUACGGGCCUUCCGUAGAGGUACACCACCGUUCCCGCGAGUCCACCCAUGUGUCUUCUUUGUUAGGAUAUGCGAGUUCUCCUCGCCAUUUCCAAGCGAUCAAAAUGAGUGAGCAACCUAGACUCUACACCCAUAAGCCUAGAAAAGGACAGAUCAAGCCUAAAAAUGAAGUGGGUCAGUCAGUUUCUCAGCCUUCGACGAACCCUCCCAGACCAGCAGCGCCGCCACCAACAAAAACGAGUACAACAACAACAGCAGCAGCAGUUUCUGCUCCCAAGGAGACAUUUGCUCGUCGUUACAAGUUCGUGUGGCCGGUUCUGCUCAUGGUGAAUCUUGCUGUUGGAGUUUCGAUAUUUUGGAGAACAAGGAAGAUGGAUUACCACGAUGCUGAAGAGGUUGGUCGUCAGGUUUCUGUUCCUGUGUCUGACAUGAGCACUACAGUUCCUGGGAAGCCUGCUCAACCUCCAUAAAAGUCAUUCUAAGGAGGAGGAGGAGUAGGAAACAGACGAAGCCAAACACUCCACGGCAGAGAGGAAAAAGAGAAAUUUGCAUGAUGGCAACGAUUCGUGACAACAAUAAAUAUCCAACUUUCGCGAGUUGAUCUGAUGGCGUAUUGCAGCAUCUAUCUCCAUUGAGGCUCAUUGAGUGGGAUUUCGUUUAUUAAUGAACUUCUAUAGAUUCUGUAUGUCGAAUGAAGCAUGCUAUGACUGGUAAUUGUUUGAUGACA